AUGGAGGAGUCCAGCUCUCAGAAGUUGGUUUGGGACGGAGACGCCAAAGCUGUCCAGCAGUGUCUCACGGACAUUUUCACCAGCGUCUACACAACAUGUGACAUCCCAGAAAACGCCAUUUUCGGGCCUUGUGUGUUGAGCCACACGUCGCUGUACGACAGCAUCGCCUUCAUCGCUCUGAAAUCCACCGAUAAACGCACAGCGCCUUACAUCUUCAGGGUGGACACUUCGGCAGCCAACAGCACCUCGGAGGGUUUGAUGUGGUUGCGGCUGGUCCAGUCCGCUCGGGACAAAGAAGAACAGAACCUGGAGGCGUACGUGAAGAACGGCCAGCUCUUCUACCGCUCCCUCCGCCGCAUCGAGAAGGACGAGGAGCUGCUGGUCUGGUACGGCAAAGACCUCAUCGACCUGCUGCUGCUCAGCUCCAGCAGAGCGCCCGCCAAAAGCAAAGGUUCGUCCCACCACUCCUGUCCAGACUGCAGCCAGCGGUUCCAGUUUGAGUUCCCGUUCUUGGCUCAUCUGCGGUUCCGUUGCACCAAAAGACUGCAGAGCAUCACGGGCGCCGACGAGGAACCGAGCAAAGAGAGCAGCACAGAGCGACCAAACACAAACACAACUACAACCACAACCCCGACCAGGACCAGCCCCAAGCUAGGCCGCUCCGAGGGCUUCGGAAGCACUCAGGACACCAACAAACCCUCCACAGACUUUCACAACCUGGCCAGGGAUCUAGAGAACAACCGGACCAGCCCGCCCAGCGACAAGGAGGCCGAGAUCUGCAGCGAGACUUCGGGGAAGAGGAAGUUCUCGGACAUAGAGGACAGGGAGUGCCGAGUGCCAAGCCUUCCGCAGUCCAAGACUAAAGAUGAGCUAGCGACGUCCGCCCAGAACUACAGAGGAGUGUACGGUUUGGAGGACAACCACAGGCCCUUCUCCUCUUCGGGCUCCAGCGAGCACAGCGAGACCAAGCGCAGCGCCUUCACCGAAGUUAAGAAGUCGUCCCAGAGCCUCAAACACCACGGCUCCAGCAAAUCCCAGAGCUCCAACUCCGAAAACAAAGACGGCGGUCGCCCCAGCAGCAGCCCUUCGGAGAAGCACCUCAACAUCCGGCAGGUGCUGUCGGAGACCCAACCGCCCCAAACCUCGCCCGUGGGCAGCGCGUUCACCUCCGUCGCCCAGCAAGGCAGCGGCAGCGGAGACAGGAAGAGCGCCUUCAGCCAGCCGUCUCGCUCCUCCUUCUCCCAGAUCUCGCCGCUGGUGAUGCCACCCAAGCUGCUGGACUGCCACCCAGCAGUGGGCGACACCAUCUCCUCCAGCAGACUCUACCAGGCCGACCACCUCGCCGCCAAGCUUCAAGGCGCGGAAUUGGGCGCCAAUUGUCCAGUCCCGGGCGGCAUGGCUAAGCAGAACCCCUUCGUAUACGCCACCACCUUCUGGCCCAAGAACUCGGGGCCGGCCAUCCAGCUUCAGAUGCCGUCGGCGCUCACCCUCCUUCCGCCCUCCUUCACCUCCCUCUGCCUGCCAGCGCAGAACUGGUGCGCCAAGUGCAACGCCUCCUUCCGCAUGACCUCGGACUUGGUUUACCACAUGCGAUCCCACCACAAAAAGGAGUACGCCAUGGAGCCUCUGGUGAAGCGGCGGCGCGAGGAGAAACUCAAGUGCCCCAUUUGCAACGAGUCCUUCCGGGAGAGGCAUCACCUGUCACGUCACAUGACCUCCCAUAACUGA